AUGUCUCGAGAUAUCAAAGACCUCAUCAUGCAUGGUGAGGAAGUGGUUUCUCCUAAAGUCCAAACACCAGACAUUACGGUUACAGUCGACCGUAAGACUGAGCGACAAACCCUACAGAAGAUGGACGUCUUAUUGGUCCCCGUAACUUGCAUGAUUUAUCUUCUUUCGUUCUUAGAUAGAGCAAAUAUGGGAAAUGCUCGAGUGGCAGGGCUCCAGACCCAGUUGAAGCUGACAGAUCAUCAAUAUCAACUUGUUCUCACUGUCACUUACAUUCCCUACAUUGUUGCAGAGAUUCCCAGUAACCUUGUCUUGAAGAAGGUUGGACCCCGGCUUAUGAUCCCCGGCGGUUUCUACAGACGACAUGAAUUGCAGACGCGCAUCAGCUUCUUCUUCUCCGCUGCAGCCUUAUCUGGUGCUUUCUCCGGUCUUCUAGCCGCGGGGAUUGUGCGUAUGGAUGGACUUGGGGGAAUGGAGGGUUGGAGAUGGAUAUUCUGCAUAGAAGGGAUUAUCACUGUCGUGUUUGGAGCAGCAUCAUUCUUCCUUCUCCCCAACACGCCAUCACAGCUCCUCGGCUUCAAAGAACAACACGUCAAGUGCUGUGAGGCACGACUCCUUCUUGAUGCUGGCACCGGUAUACCAGAAUCGACGUCUUUCGAUCUUAGGAAGUCAGUCUCAGCCUUUACCUCUCUACAUAUCUGGCUAGUCACCCUUAGCCAGUUUUGCGGUGGUACUUGCUUGUUCGGUCUGGCAUACUUCACGCCAAGUAUUGUGGCUUCGCUGGUCGCAUCAUUUCCCUCCAAACCGUCACUUGUGGAGAUACAACUUCUCACAGUUCCACCGUUUGUUAUUGCAUUCGCCUUCGCUAUGGCUGCAGCAUAUGUAUCGGAUCGAUAUCGUCGACGUGGACUCACGGCGAUUUGCAUGAUAAGCAUUGCCAUCAUAGGCUGGAUUCUGUUCCUUACUGCUUCUCUAAAGAAUGUUGGCCAGCGCUAUACGUCAUUGAUCCUCGUCAUUGUUGGGAUAUACUCAACCGCUCCUUCGCUAAUUUCCUGGAUCCCCAACAAUGUCUCAACGCAUAUGCGCCGCGCCACAGCAAUCGCCAUGUCUUUUAUGGCCACAAAUGUUGGUGGAAUCAUAUCAUCCUGGAUAUAUCCUCGCUCCAGUGCUCCACAAUACCAUUUCGCUGCGAAGUUUAAUCUUGCACUGACGUGCCUUAAUGUUAGCUUUAUGGUAGCGGAAGUCUUGUUGCUUCGCCAUCUCAACUCGCGUAAGAUCGAAAAAAGAGAGGAGUUGCUCAAAGACGUCGCUCAUCUAACCCCCCAUGAACAGUACGAGCGGCUUGGAGAUACUCAUCCGGAUUUCAAGUACACCCUUUAA